GCCAGCUGGCACUCGCACACGCAGCCUCCUGGUGAAGUCAAUGGAUGGGAAACCACGGGGAGGCCACCUCUGGGGCAGGGGCUUCUGAGUAGACAGCACUAAGGACAGAGCCCCGUCUGAUAGGCUGACUGGAUCUGCAGUGGCAAGGGAUUUUGAAAGCUUCAGAUUGGAAACCUUUUGCCUUUGCAUUUAUGUUUAUAGAAGCGGGAAAGGCAGCUGCGUUGAAGACAAUGACUCACACGUUUUUGCUGUACUGCUUAGUGUUUCUCUUGCCCACAGAGUCCUGCAGGACAUUAUGCCAGGCUGCCAGCAAAAGCAAGGAGAAAGUGUCUGCCAAGCCACACGGUGCAUGUGAUGGGGUCUGUGUGGACAAUUCUCAUUGCAGUCAACCUUGCCCUCCAGAUACUCCGGGAAAUAUGGGGUUUUUAUGUAGGCGAAAUAAAUGGCACAAGAUCACUGAUACCUGCCAGACUCUUACCGCCAUCAACAUCUUUGAGGAGGAUUUAAAUACAGGUCCAUCAUUUGGAAGUAGCAUACACAUAAAUGAAUAUUCUGGAAAGUCCGAGACCAUUGCAGAUAAGUUGAUGCGGAAGUGUCCGCAGGAUUUGUCCUGUGUUGUUAAGAACAUUCAGCGUUCUCCCCAGAUACCAGGAAACAUCGCUGUCAUCGUGCAGCUACUACACAACAUAUCGACAAUGCUCUCGACAGAUGUGGAUGAAGCAAAGAUGAAGAGUUACAGCAUCAUGGCCAACCACAUUCUUGAUAGCAAAAGCAUCUCCAACUGGACCUUCAUCCCUGAGAAAAACAGCAGCUGUGUGCUGCUGCACUCAGUCAAUAGCUUUGCAAGAAAACUACUCAUAAAUAAAUAUCCCAUUGACAUAGCGGAUGCGUUUAUUCAUACUAUGUGCACCUUCAUAUCUGGAGAUAACAAUGGAAAGAAUUUAACUUUCUCCAUGAGAGUUAACGACACCCGCAAUAGUGUCACUGGGAGGGUGUUGAUCAGCAGAGAUGAAGCCCAGAAGGUGCGCUCUCCUUCUCAGGUUGUCAGCAUUGCAUUUCCAACCCUUGGAGCCAUCUUAGAAGCCAGUCUUCUGGAAAAGGUCAUCGUGAACGGACUUGUCCUGUCUGUCAUUCUGCCCAAGGAACUUAAAAGGAUCUCACUGGUUUUUGAAAAGAUCAGGAAUUCAGAGGACAGCAGGACACAGUGUGUUGGCUGGCACUCGUCAGAGAGCAGAUGGGACCAGCACGCCUGCCAAAUGAUUCAGGAAACCUCCCAGCAAGCUGUUUGCAAAUGUAGGCCAAGCAAGUUGUUUACCUCCUUCUCCAUUCUUAUGUCACCACACACCUUGCAGAGUCCCAUCCUGACUUACAUCACGUACAUAGGCCUGGGCGUUUCCAUUUGCAGCUUGAUCCUUUGCUUGUCCAUCGAGGCCUUGGUCUGGAGCCGAGUGACGAAGACAGAGAUCUCCUAUUUACGCCACUUGUGUAUUGCCAACGUCGCAGCUACCUUGCUGAUGGCUGAUGUGUGGUUCAUCGUGGCUUCCUUUCUUAGUGGUCCAAGGACACACCACAAUGGAUGUGUGGCAGCGACGUUUUUUGUUCAUUUCUUCUACCUUUCUGUGUUUUUCUGGAUGCUCGCUAAGGCACUUCUUAUCCUCUAUGGAAUCCUGAUUGUUUUCCAUACACUGCCCAAGUCAGUCCUGGUGGCAUCUCUCUUUUCCGUGGGAUACGGUUGCCCUUUGGUCAUUGCUGUUGUUACAGUUGCUGCCACUGAGCCUGGCAAAGGCUACCUACGGCCUGAGGCCUGCUGGCUCAACUGGGACAUGACCAAGGCCCUCCUGGCCUUUGUGGUCCCAGCGCUGGCCAUUGUGGUAGUAAACCUGAUCACGGUGACACUGGUGAUUGUCAAAACCCGGCGAGCUACCAUUGGCAGUUCCAUGUUCCAGGAGGUGAGAGCCAUCGUGAGAAUCAGUAAGAACAUCGCCAUCCUCACACCACUGCUGGGCCUGACCUGGGGAUUCGGAAUAGCCACAGUCGUCGACGAUAGCUCCCUGUUCUUCCACAUUCUCUUCUCCUUGCUUAAUGCUUUCCAGGGCUUCUUCAUCUUGGUGUUUGGAACAAUCCUGGAUCCAAAGGGCAGGAUGAAGUCAGUCUGAGCUAGAGGGCUUUGGUACAUAUAAACUGUGAAGACAAAACUUCUACCAGGCCUUGGAAGGUGAGUAACACUUUAUAUAGCAAAAGGAGAGAGGGAGUAGAAAUAACAAUAGAUUGCCUUGUGCAGUAGGAGAGAGUUAGGGAAAGGACAGGAUGAUCUGAAGUCAGGGGACUCAACUCCCACUGCUCUGUGUCUUAAUAGUUGACUGACUGCGUGCUACAUGAUCUCGGAGUAUUCAUUUCCCCAAUUGUACCUAUCUUACAGGAUUAUUUCUUGGAUAAAAUGAGAUGGCAGGUGUGAAAAGCACUUUAAAAUUAUAAAGCAAAAUAUAAUUGUUAUUUAUUAUUCUUAUUUUCUUGGUUCCACAGGUCUUUGCUGUGUUGUAUAGAAUUCCUUCCUUUUCCCCCUUUAAACCAUGGUUAGGGCCUCUAAAAAAGGAAGUUUAAAUAGUUGAAAAAAUGUGGGAAAUGUUCAACUCUUCAAGUACUCCCCCCCAAAAUACUCCCAAAGCUAAGAAUCCUCAAACUGGUGGCCAACUGUAUUUCUUAGCCAUUGGGUUCAUGUUCAAGGCCCUGAUUAUUAAUCCCCUAUAUUAGCUCCACUUUGCUUAUGUCUCCUACCUCCCCACCUUCUCCCAGACCACUUCACCAAGUUACUAAUCCCUCCAUAUUCCUCCAGCAGGACCUAGUAACACACUCCCCUUCUACAAUAUUAGCCAGGCCCCAAAACAUUGACUUCUUAUCUUUUAAUUCUUAAUUUUUUAAUCAACUAUCCAGAUAAGAGAAGCCUUAAAGAAUCGAGUAACCUCUGCAAAAUGGAUCUCCAGAA